GCCUAGCUUCACCGGCUGCCACCAUGUCGGCCUCGGCAGUCUUCAUUCUGGACGUCAAGGGCAAGCCUCUGAUUAGCCGAAACUACAAAGGCGAUGUGCCCAUGACAGAGAUUGACCACUUCAUGCCACUGCUUAUGCAGCGGGAGGAGGAGGGUAUGCUGGCCCCGCUGCUGAGCCACGGCCGAGUGCACUUCUUGUGGAUCAAACACAGCAACCUCUACUUGGUGGCCACCACACUGAAGAACGCCAACGCCUCUCUGGUGUACUCCUUUCUGUACAAGACUGUGGAGGUCUUCUGCGAGUACUUUAAGGAACUGGAGGAGGAGAGCAUCCGAGACAACUUUGUCAUUGUGUACGAGCUGCUGGACGAGCUGAUGGACUUCGGCUUUCCGCAGACCACGGACAGCAAGAUCCUGCAGGAGUACAUCACACAGCAGGGCAACAAGCUGGAGACUGGCAAGUCUCGAGUGCCACCGACAGUCACCAAUGCUGUGUCCUGGCGCUCCGAGGGCAUCAAGUACAAAAAGAACGAGGUCUUCAUUGACGUCAUCGAGUCCGUUAACCUUCUGGUGAAUGCUAAUGGGAGUGUCUUGCUCAGCGAGAUUGUGGGCACCAUCAAGCUGAAGGUGUUUCUGUCUGGGAUGCCAGAGCUGCGGCUGGGCCUCAAUGACCGAGUGCUCUUUGAGCUUACUGGCCUUUCAGGCAGCAAGAACAAGUCUGUGGAGCUGGAAGAUGUGAAAUUCCACCAGUGCGUGAGGCUUUCACGCUUCGACAACGACCGCACCAUCUCCUUCAUACCCCCGGAUGGGGACUUCGAACUCAUGUCCUACCGUCUCAGCACCCAGGUCAAACCUCUGAUCUGGAUCGAGUCAGUCAUUGAGAAAUUCUCCCACAGCCGAGUGGAGAUCAUGGUGAAGGCCAAGGGUCAGUUUAAGAAGCAGUCGGUGGCCAACGGCGUGGAAAUCUCUGUGCCUGUACCUAGCGAUGCAGAUUCUCCACGCUUCAAGACCAGUGUGGGCAGUGCCAAGUAUGUGCCUGAGAAGAAUGUCGUCAUUUGGAGCAUCAAGUCUUUCCCUGGGGGCAAGGAGUACUUGAUGCGUGCCCACUUUGGCCUCCCCAGUGUGGAAACUGAGGAGGUAGAGGGCCGGCCACCCAUCGGCGUCAAGUUUGAGAUUCCAUACUUUACUGUUUCCGGCAUCCAGGUCCGUUACAUGAAGAUCAUCGAGAAAAGCGGGUACCAGGCCCUGCCCUGGGUCCGCUACAUCACCCAGAGUGGUGAUUAUCAACUUCGGACCAGCUAGAAGGGAGAAGCGAGGCUUCCAUCGCCCCAGAUACCAGCCGCAGACUUUAAAGAGCUGUGUGUGUGUGUGUGUGUGUGUGUGUGUGUGUGUGUGUGUGUCUGCACAUUCAGGGUUAGGCACUGACUUAACACAUCCUGGCUGCCUGCACCUAACCCCCUUCACCUCUCUCAACUGUCUGGGGUGGUUUCUCUGUGUCCCUCGCCCUUGGAGCUGUCCCACGCUGAUUUUAUAUGAAGAAAUAUAAGAGGGUCUGAACCGCGCUACCCCCUCCCCCACGAGUGCCUUCUUGCAGUGAACUGCCGGGCAGAUCGAGGGCCCACCUUUUAUAGCUGCUGAGCCGAGGCCGCUGGCCCUCCACCUGGGUUUUAGGGUGUCAUUAAAAUGAGUCUAACAACUGUGA